GUCCCAACUGCGAAGGCGAUGUGCUCUGGAUUAGAUUCCGAGAAGAAAUCCCGCGAUUGCCCGAGCACUCUCUACUACAGCGGCAAUCUCAUCGAUUGUGGGCCUUGCCGGCGGCUGUGCGUUCGUCCCCGCUACAUCGCGGCGCUCGAGGAGGAGAAGAUCAGGUCGUGGCCGCGAAGAAUUCCAGCGCCGGGACCCCUGGAUCCACUCCAGGCGCUAGGAUCGGUGCUAAUGCAAGAGAAGAUCUUCCCCAUGCUCGCGUCUGUGGAUGUGGGCAAGUGCCUGGCGGUGUCCAAGAGCUGGAGGACCUGCGCUGUGCACGAUUGCGUGUGGAAGAAGCGCUGCGAGGGGCUAUCGUAUGGCAAGCUCAUGCGAUGGAAUCGCUACUACGUCUUGUAUAAGUUGCUCGUUCUGGAAGUGGAUCAAGGCUUUAGACCGCCAUGGCGGUGUGAGAUUCUUCUUGGAACCGCCUGAGAAGUGGCACGUAAGGAGUACCACGUGUAAGAAAUAUAUGCUGCCAAGUGGACAAGUUAGAUUUUCUGGAAUCUCGAAUGUUUUUCGCGAAUAUUCUAAAGGGUUUAAAGCCCUAGAAAGGGUUUAUGGCAAGGAGGGUGUUUCUCGCGAGCGUUGGAACAGCAGGGGCAGCAGCGGCAGCUCUCUUGUUUUUUGGCGAUCGAUUUCAACCGGCUGUCGCCGAAUCGGGAGGAGCAGCGGCAGCGACCAAGAUUGGGCAGUUCAAGGCGAGUGGAUUGCUCUUCAAUGACAUUGUGGAAGUCAUUGCUCUUCCCGAUCCAAAGAUUGAAGGCAUUACAAUUCACAUCUCCAAUGUCAAGCGAUCCCUGACCGAGCGUCUCUCAAGGGAUUUCUUCACAGAUCCUUCCCAGGCUUCUGUUUCUGCAUCUCAGACAGGCCCGCUGAGACUGGUUUCGCCAAUCGCCCUCGGUUUGAAGGGGGAAGAGGUGUUCAGUGCAAAGAGGAACCUGUUCUUCAAGACAAUGCACGUCCGGAGGAUUUAUGAUGAAGCCAACAAUGCGCUUGUUUACGUAGCUUACAGCACGAGAGUCAGCCAAGAUAUGUCGGAGCCAAAUAGCAGAUAUAGAACUUCUGUAAGCAGCAUUAGUCUCUACGGCCAGAAUUUCAACGCCAAGCAACUAGAAGAGAAUGUUGAGUAGAAAUGGACAACUGUUAAUCCAUGGCUGUACAGAAUCUACAAGAAGAGUAAAUCAAGCUCUUCGAUUUUUUA